UCCUGCAACAGAGGGUUUAUAUUUUUACGCCUGUUCUUCCCCAGCCAAAUUCCACUUCAUUGUAGCAAUUCCUCCUUGUGCUCAAAUUCCAAGAAAUGUAUGUCUCGUUUUGUAAACCCUUGCUGGACGCGCUUAUCCUAACCCUAGUUCAGCAUUCCCAGUGGGAAAUGACUAGGGUUUGGCCGUUAGAUUUGGGGACUGGUGCGAGCAUUAAUUUGGGCAUUGAAUGAUGGUAACCUGCCUCACCUUUGGUAUAGUAGUUAGUAGGUGGGAAGCUCUUCCAUCAUCCAUUUUAACUUUCCAUCAUGAUGAUACCUCACUCCUCUUUUUUUUAUUCCUCUAUCAUAACCUAAAACAAUUCAUCAGAAAUACAUGUAGAUGUAGUCUGAAACUUUGAUCUUUGUGGUCAGAAGAAGAGCAGGGAGAUUGAGGGGUUGAGAAUCUAUUGUGGACUUUUACACGCUUGUAGCUGGUUCUGUUAUGAAACGCCAAGGUGUAGAUGGUGAAACUAGAUGGUGAAUCAGCCUUUCAUCUGUCUACUCAUAAUGAACUUGCUUCAGAGUCCUUAAAGGAUAGUGAGAAUCAGUUCAGUACAAUUAUGCAUCAAAAUGAUAUCACAUGUGAAGAACGAACUGAUCUAACAGAAAAGAUCGAAAAGAGAAGCAAAGCUUUACCACUAGUUACUGAACUUGAAUUUUCAACUAAUACACAAGAUAAAGAUGGAGAAUGCAUCGAACCUCUAUAUCCUGUCACUCCUGAAAAAACUGGAACAGUUGCAGUUAGCUCUGAGUUGUUUUCAGACAAAACUAUCACUCAUAUUAAUCUUCACGAGGUCAUAGAAGGCAGAGAUUGUCAAGUUAUCAAAGAUAUAUGUGUCGAUGAUGGUUUACGUUCCUGUGAGAAAAAUUUGUGUGAAAACACUGUUGUUAGUGAAAAAUUGAUUCGUGGCUCCAAAAGUACUGAAGCAAAUUCAAAUGAUGCUCUGAGUCAAAAGAUGGCAGAUAGUUCUAUACAAGUUCAGGAAGAAACAGAGCCUAUUUCUGUCGCUGAUUCCCAUGCCAUGGAUGAAAAGUUAUUACGGGGCUUCACUGAAAUCAAAGAAAUUCUGGACGAAAGCAACAAGAUAUCCUAUGGAAAGGUCACUUUGCAGCAGUUGUUUUCUCUUGGAGAGCUUGAAACAGAUAUGCAAGGCAUUGCUCCAGGUGGGAUCAAUGAUGAUAAAAAAAGUCCACAUCAGAAGAAAACUGAACUGGUAUCAAACUACAGCUGUGGUACGAGUGGAAGAAGAUCAUUCUACAGCUUGCCAUUUGAUGUCGGCGAUCCAUGUGAAACUAGUACGGAUAUAGAAAAUCACGGUGGCAUUGUAAAAGGUAAUUCGAGGAAGAAGUCCUUUUCAGCCACAAGUGUGCCUAUUGAUAUCUCAGCUUCUAAAAAUGAUGGUGUUGAAAAUAAUGCUCCUAACGAUCAGUUGGAAAUACCAAGUACUUCUGAUUUUAAGCCUGGAGCAGAAACGGAAGUAAUAAGUGGAACAGGAAUGGAUGAAGUAAUUAUGAACAAUGCUCACAAUCAUUCUGUAUCUGAAAUCACAUUUUAUGAUCCUGCGGCCGCUUCUGAUCAAAGAAUGUUUUAUCACAAUAACCAUGGACAUUCGAACUUCACCGACCCUUCUGUAUCUGGUCCCAGAGGAACUUCUGGGCACCUCGCUUAUUCGGGUAGCAUUUCUCUUCGGUCUGAUAGCAGCACUACCAGCACCCGUUCCUUUGCAUUCCCAGUAUUACAAAGAGAGUGGAACACUAGCCCUGUAAAAAUGGCAAAGGCGAGCCGAAGCGGUUGUUGGGGGAAAAGAUGGUGGAGAAAGGUUGUUUCAUUGUAGAUGUUGAAGAUGUUUCAAUUUUCCAUGUUAAUUCUCUCUCGAUUUCCUUUGUUUGUUCAACCUCUCCUUUUUCGCGCUUGCAGUAGCAUUGGAUUUGUGAAUUGAUUCAGAGUUGUAGGACAUUCUUGUUCUUGUUCUUGGUUGCAUGUAUUGUUGUCAAUCAAAGAAACAAUGUAGCUGUCCAUGUAGACUCUGAGAUUCGAUGAAAUUGAGUGAUUUGAUUCUUGUCUUA